AUGCCCCUUGCAGGGACUCCUGCUCCUCUUAAAAGGAAAAAGCCCACUAAACUCAUUGGGAAGCUGACACACGAAGUCAUGCCGCAAGAGGUGACCAAGCUGAACCUGGGGAAGAAGAUCAGCAUCCCCAGAGAUGUGAUGCUGGAAGAACUUUCUCUCCUCACUAACAAAGGAUCCAAGAUGUUCAAAUUACGUCAGCUGAGGGUGGAGAAGUUCAUUUAUGAGAAUAAUCCCGAUGCCUUCAGCGACAAUUCUGUGGAUCACUUUCAGAGGUUCAUCCCACCAGGAGGGCAUUAUGGAGAAGAUGCUCAUGGUUAUGGCCAUGGGCGGAUGGUAGGAGGAGUGACAGCAGGGCAUCAUGACUCCAGUAAGCAGCACUAUUCCACCGUUUCUCCUAGGCCUGGAAGCAAAGGAGGCCCUGGAGACAGCGAAGGGGAGCAUGCAGAGAAAUCUGCUGGAAGCGCUGGAGAAGGAGGUCAUGGUACCGAGAAAGAUGGAAAAUCAGGAGGCAAAAAACCUCUGUUUAAAACUUACAUCUCCCCCUGGGAACGAGCAAUGGGUAUCAGCCCUGAGGACAAAAGUCAAUUGACCAUUGACUUACUAUCAUAUAGUCCCAAAGCUGACUUCCCCCAUUACAAGUCCUUUAACAGGACUGCCAUGCCAUACGGGGGUUAUGAGAAAGCAGCCAAACGGAUGACCUUCAAAGUGCCUCAGUUCGAUAUUUGCCCUUUGCUUCCAGAAUCUAUUGUGUUAUAUAAUCAAAAUUUCAGAAACAGACCCUCCUUCAACAGAACCCCAAUACCUUGGAUGCCUUCAGGAGAGUCCUCUGAGUACCAUACUGACAUCAAUGUGCCGAGAAGUGGUGAAACAGAAGAGCUGUAAAUCCCUACCCCAAAGUCUUUCUUUUUUUCUUAGCCCUUUCUAUUUGCAAGAUGGUAGAAAGGAGC